CGUCGCACUGCGUCGCUGCACUUUUACACUUUAGCCCCUCCCGAUCCAAUCCGACCCUGUCGCGGCCGGCCUCCACCACACGAGCACCGCCGCACACACGCCAAGGAUCAUCCUCGCCUCCGCCCCUGCCAAGGCUCCUCGCCCUCGCCGAUGGUGCCUCCUGCGCCGCCUGCCGUUCCCCAUACUUGGGAACGCCGCAUGCCUCCUCUUCAGCGCGCCACCGCCGCCCCGGACGUGGGCGCGUCGUCCUCGACUGGAUCGAUGGACGCUGGUGGUGUCUCCUCCCGCCGAUUCGUCCUUUGUGGGUUCCACGGCCGCCGCGCAGGCUCGGCACAGCUCCGCGUCGUCAGCGCCCGCUCCACUUCAUCCUUCGCGCGCCUCUCUUCGAUCGUAAAGAAAUCAUCCGCAUCCCCACUUCCGGCAUCGUAGCAACCGCAUGCAUGCCACGUUCCUCCCACACGCCGCACACGCCUGCUACUUCUUCGGCGCACCGCCUCGUUUUUCUGUUCACGACCCAACCGGCCAGCUCCUCUCCUCGAUGCUCCAAUGUGAGAUCGUCCGUGGGCCUCUGCGCCUCGAUCUCGAGCGAAGCCGCCGGAAGGAAAAGAUGCGGCGGGGAGCGAAGCCGAUGCGUCCCGUUACAAGCGGUGUCGAGGAGAACCUCGAUCCGGCCGUGGAGGCGAUCAGAUCAUGGUUAUUGGCUUGGGUGGAAUCGGAUCCCAGACCUCCGGCCGCUCAAGGACUAUCUCGCUGGGACGUUCGGGUCGCGGCGCCGUCAACCGCCUGGAGUCCACCGCAAGACCAGCAGUUCACUGUGCGCCGGCACUGGGAGUCUACCUCACGCCUCUCCCAUAGCACGAUGGGUCAUGUAGCUCCGCGUGGAGAUGGAAGGCUAUGUCCCAGAAUAGGGAUAGCAUAUCGACACAACGUGUAUGAGAAGAGACUUGAGAAGCAAACAACGCUGUUGUCAUGGUAUAUUGAUAUAUAUCCUGCUCUAUGACGCGCCUCAGUUUUGGGCAGGUAUAUAAAUACUAGCCACACAUGUUUGCUUCUUAAAGCUCCACAGUCCACAUAUGUCUGGUUUUGAAG